AUGCCACCCAAGAAUGCGACCAAACCCAAGCGAGGUCUAUCCGACACUCCCCCUCCACCUUAUUCGCCCUCUCCUUCUCCAAGCGACAAGUCGGCUCAACAAGGCUCGACGGGCGAACAAGUGCCGCAUGCAAAAGAGGAGCAAGAGCAAAAGCAAGAGCAAGAGGAAGAGGAUGUAGCAGAAGAAGAAGAGGAAGCUGAGCUCAAGCGGGAUGGAUUGACUCCCGAGCCUAGCCUUUCGGGCUCCGAGUACCAAGAAGAGCAAGAGCAAGCUGUCAAAUCGACUGUCGUGCCCAAGAAACGUGGACGUGCUGCACCUUUGCAGCAGACGCCCAAAAAGAGUCCUGCUGCUAAGCGAGCCAAGAAGGAGGAGGAUGGUGCAGAGGGCAAAACUGUGAGUCAGUCGACUCUUGUUCUGGCAGGGUGACUCGUGUCCAUACAUUUGCGCCCGCUUACGUGGCUUUGCUGACCGUAUCCACAUCACCCGCAGCGCAACGCUAACGCUCCAUGGACCGCCGCAGAGGUGAGAAGCGACUGCCUGAGCUGCAUGAAGGACGUGCGCUGGCGCUGCGCAGAACAGCCAAAACUCACUCCAUCCUCCCUCGCCUUGCUUUCCUUUCUCGCUCGCUCCACACUCCCCACAACGCAACACGCAGGAUCAAGUCUUUCUCGAUGCCAUCCUUGCCUCCUUUACGCCCGACUACAACGCGAUCGAUGCAGCUCUCAAGUCUCUCAGCAAAAAGUACAACAUGACCACGCGUUCCAAGAUGGAGAUGAGAAACAGAUGGCACAACAGGAUCAAGAUCUCGUUGAGCGUGAGUGCGGGUGCAUGUUGUGCUGGAAUUGCAUUCAGUUUCGCUUUCGCGAGUCCGUCUUAGGGUUAGGGUUAGGGUCAAGGCCCAGCUGACACGCCUCGAUCUGUACGGCACGCCAGGGCGGCAACGUUGCCCGCAUGACGUCUUCCAACACGAAGAAUGCUUGA